GGAUAUGUCAAAGGAGAAAGACAAAAGAAGCUUAUAAUCGAAGCUAGAUUCAUUUUCGGAAACUCCUAUAGAGUGAGAGCUCUCAUCUGCAUUUGCCACUCCCCGCUAAAACUCCUCUUUAAUCGGAGUUUCUGGGUUUAGGGUGUUUACAUUUGGAGAUGAAGAAGAUAUUCGGAGGUCCAGGAACUGUGUUUGGUCUGUUACUUAGAAUCGGACAAUGUGCUUCUGCUGCUGCUUCAAUCGGCGUUAUGCUCUCUUCCACCGAGUUCUAUAACCGCACUGCCUUCUGCUACUUGAUUGCUUCGAUGGGUCUUCAGUUGCUGUGGAGCUUUGGCCUCGCAUGUCUUGAUGUUUAUGCUCUGAGGGGCAAGAAAGAUCUCCAAAACCCAAUCUUGGUUAGCUUAUUCGUCGUUGGUGAUUGGGUGACUGCAAUGUUAUCUCUUGCAGCUGCGUGUUCAUCAGCAGGAGUUGUAGUCUUAUUUGCCAGAGAUCUUAAGUAUUGCAAUAUCCGUGAGCAGUUUUCAUGUCUUAGGUAUCAAGUAGCUGUAGCGUUGGCUUUCGUCUCUUGGUUUCAGAUUGCUGUUUCUUCUCAUGUCACAUUUUGGAUCUUAGCCUCUGUUUAGUUUUCUUGAAAUGUUGAGAACAACAUCUUGUAGCUUUUGAUGAUGUAUAACGUUUGGUUCAAAUCAUAUGUUUCUUGAACUUAAAGCUUUUAUCACUUA